AUGGGAGACCGCGGAUACUACCAACAUUAUUACCUUCAAAGGGCCAGGGAACAAGCAAGAUAUGAUGUACCGACAUUCCAACGUCUUUCGCCUAUUAAAACUCCCCCAGGCAUCUUCACCGAAACAGAAAAAGCAGUAGAAAGCACCAAAAAAGCGCGCGAGAAGUAUUUCUACUGUAUCAAUAAAGCAGAAGAAGAUCUUAUGAAGUAUUUGAAAUCCAGAUGUGCAUCUCCGGCACCAAUGAGUCAUCUCAGAAGCUUCUGGGAAGCAGCAGAAGGGAGUAGGAAAGAGGCUAGAAAGGCAAGACAAGAUUAUUAUGAAUCGUGUAAACAUGGGGAGAAGAUGAGAGAGAGGCUGCAUAAAGAUAUCCUUGGAUUUUUGGUGAAGGAGUUGAAUUCUUUGAGUGCUGCUGUUGGGAAAUUGCAGGAUGAGAGUGUGGUGAGGAGAUUCAUGGAGGGAUAUACAGGGGAACAUGUAGGCUUGGUACGCAGAUAA